AUGAACAAUUUGUGGGAUCAAAUUCGACGGUCUCAGGAUGAAGAUGAUGAAGAGAUGAUGGCUACCAACGCAAUUGUCAUGGCUGCAGUCGUAGAAGAAUCUGGAAACCAACACCGAGGGCGCGGUUCUCAUCCGAGUCGUGCACCAAAUGAGGAACGACUUAAAGAAGAAAGGGGCAAAGGUAUGUUGGCCGACUACUUUGUCGACUGGCCAGUAUUCAAAGAUGCGGAGUUCCGAACACAUUACAAGAUGAGUCUCAAUCUCUUCCAGCGUAUAUCUACUGACCUUUGCCAGUAUGAUCGUUACUUUGUUCAAAGGUCAGCUGCUACCGGCAAAGUCGGACUGCUUCCGGAGCAGAAGAUGACAGCUGCCUUGCGAAUGCUUGCGUACGGUGCAGGGGCAGAUCAAUGUGCUGAGUAUUGUCGGAUGGCAAAAUCCAUCUCCAUCGCAGCCCUUCAGCACUUCACACGAGGAAUUGUUGAUCUUUACUCAACAAAAUACCUCCGCGCUCCAACUGCAGCAGACCUCAGACGACUUCUUGCCAAAGCUGCGAGGAGAGGUUUUCCAGGAAUGAUUGGGAGCAUCGACUGUAUGCAUUGGCAAUGGAAGAAUUGUCUGACAGGUUGGGCUGGAGAAUAUAGUGGUAGGAAAUAG